UCAGUCAGGUGAUCGUAACGCCGUUAUUGGGCGAGAAUUAUGAUCGCUGUUGUUGUUUGGUCUGACGUCUGCUGCUAAAAAGUAGAAUUCUGCAGUUUGAAUUGUGGAGUCAAGUUUAAGCUUUCAGAUGGAAUCUCAGCUUUCAAUGUUUUAACCAGUUAAUCAUCACCAUGGAGAGAAUCUUCCCAUUCAUCCUCACUAUUAUUCUAUUCACUUCAUUCUCAAAUGGAUUCAACGUCACACUGGGGACAGAAAAGCUGAUUAUUGAACUAGGAAAGAAUGAUUCUUUUAAGAUCACCCCUAAAGAUGUCUUACUAGAGCCAGCUGAGAUUGACCUCUUCAAUGAUAAAUAUGAUGUAGCUAGCAUACCAUCUCAGGUGGACUUACUCUCUAACAGUUCAAGCUCGGUAUCAGUCCUGGUAUCCACUCUCUCUGUAGGAGUGUGUCAUAUUUCCAUGAAUACUACAUCUUCAGAGAUAGGGGAUUUGUCAGGAUUGUAUGUAGAGGUCAAUGUGGUUCAUAGCAGUGCAUUGUCAAUUAUCGUCAUAGUAGUCGGUUGGAUAUACUUUGUGGCCUGGUCUGUCUCUUUUUAUCCUCAAGUUUUCCUCAAUAUCAAACGAAGAAGUGUUAUUGGUCUGAACUUUGACUUCCUGGCGUACAAUUUAACUGGCUUUGUAGCGUAUGGUGUCUUCAAUGUAGGCAUGUACUGGAUACAACCAAUAAAGGAUGCAUACAAGGCUAAACAUAUGUACGGUGUGAAUCCAGUAUUACUAAACGAUGUCAUCUUUACACUCCAUGCAGUAUUAAUCACCUCAAUCACCAUAUUCCAGUGUUUAAUCUAUGAGAGAGGAAACCAGAAAGUGUCUCUCAUAAGUCGGAUCAUUCUAGCUGGGAUGUGGCUCUUUGCUCUGAUCACGUUGGUCAUCACGGCUGCGUCCAGUGGUUCUGUGAUCACAUGGUUAGAGUUCAUCUAUUACUUCUCUUAUAUCAAACUAGGAGUGACCCUCAUCAAAUAUAUCCCUCAGGCUUAUAUGAACUACACAAGACAAAGCACUGAGGGCUGGAGUAUCGGCAACAUAUUGCUGGAUUUUACUGGAGGAUCAUUUAGUCUGCUCCAGAUGUUUCUUAUGUCUUAUAAUAAUGAUGACUGGGCAUCCAUCUUUGGUGAUCCAACCAAGUUUGGUCUUGGGUUUUUCUCCAUUGCUUUUGACAUCCUUUUCAUCAUUCAACAUUAUGUACUCUACCGAGGUAAGAAACCUGUUGACAAGAUGGGUUCAUCUGAUGAACAUAAGCCGCUGAUGAGUAGCCAGGAAUCCACUCUAGAACGUUCUGGAAGUUCCAUUAUUAACGGGUCAGCUCACUGAUCGUAAGCUAUUUUGAAAAUCUGAAGGAUGUUUAGUCAUCUGCUUUGAGAAUGUAAUGUUCAUUAUUUUUUGUCGUAAACAUCAAUACAUUUGUUUGAUUAAAGAGUGAGACAUUUGUUGAUACAAGGAAGAGUUUCUCAGAGAUAGUUCUUACUUCUAAUUCACAUCAUCUAACAGGUAUCCUGUUAUAAACAUGUUUUGCAUUAUUCAUUGCUGCUUUUCUACUCUCUCCAUUGUUCUGUCAAUGAUGAAAGUGAAGUUUAGUGAUGAAAUGACGCUAUGAAAAUGUAGCACUGAGUAAGAUGCCAGGCCCCAAUGUAAACACAGGCCAUUGAUUUAGAUAUGUUUAGGGUUAAUGCUACUUUCUUAUAGGGCUCAUAUCUAUUUUGCAACACAAAUUGGAAUAAUAAUAAUAAAAAAGUCACAAAAAUCUGCAAGGCCAAUGAGAGAGACAUUGAGGCCUAUCAAUAGGAUGGUCUUGGAUUGAUUUAAGACCAGGGGCGUGUUUCACAAAGAUUGAAGUAUGGCUUAGAGUCGGACUUAAAUGCCUAUGUCACAAGCCCAGUGCAAAAGCAAAGGACAAAAAUACUCUAGAGAAAAGAUAAUUGCCUAUGUACUGUUUACACAACAAAUCACGAAAAAGAAAAUGGAUUGGAAUUACAAAUCAAAUGAAAUAUCUUUAAUCAUAAUUAAAUUCAAUGCGUUCACUUCUGUGAAUAAUAUGGCGUAACAUCAACGAAUAAAUUCAUAAUGAAAUUUCAUUUCGAAUAACAUAAAGUCCUUAGCUGUUAUCAUUUCGUUGGGGCCCAUUGAAGAAAGCUGACGAGUUUAUCGCGAUCAAUGGCGAAUCCGAACAUCGAUGACUCAUCACUAUGACGUCACACUGGAGGGCGAUUCCCGAGACUUCUGUCCCGUCCGGAGUUCCCGUAAGCACCCUCAGUACUCACUGUUGAUACGGCUCUGCCUUUAGAACCUCGAUACCAAAAACCCUACAAUAAAUAGUAAACAUGGAACCACACUUCUAAUACAUUGAUCUAAUCACGCAAUUGAUUCAUUAAUUAGUUUUGCAUAACUAGUUGUCAAUAAGUGUCCAUGUUUGAUUGAUGGAAAUUCAUUUCAAAAUUAUCCAUAAAGUAAUCUUUCAAAAUACGUUCAAUCUUACAAAUACAUUACAAAUUAAUUAUGCCAAUCCCUUAUAGAUAAACACACAACAUGUUCAGGCAUAGUAUGUAAACAAACCCAUUAAACGGACGUAAUGUCAAAAAUCUGUUAAAUAGUUUUAAUUUGCAAAAUUCAACAUUAAAUAACUUUCACAUAUUCUGCAAUGAACUUAAAACCUUAUUUCGUGCAAAUUUCCGUCUUAGUUUUAAAGAUUAUUGAAAUAUCCUAGUAGGAAGUAAUUUUGACUUACCACGUAUGUGGGUUAAGAAAUACACCAAGAAAUCAUCUAAAACUCCUUCCUGACAUAGCAGCAUAAAAUAUGAUUAGCUCGUCGAUAAAACAAAUCCAUAUUAUGUGUCUGCUAAAAUUAUAGCAAAAUGAUGAAGUUGAUAUUGCCCCUAAGGCAAAAACAAAUCGAGACAAAUCAUGUCAGCUCCAUCCAAACCAAUAAAACGUAAUGACCAAAAUUAAUAGGCCUACAGUACACGACGCCGUCGGAUCGGGUUUUAGGGCGUAGUUCAUUUGCCUAACAAAAGUUUUACAAUUAAUUUGCAUAUACGUAUGCGCUUCGCCUAGACGUAAUGUCCAGUCUUUAAGAAAAGCUCUAAAUUAGUAAGAUUCAUACACUUAACCUUGACAAAUAACCGCCAACCCAAAAUGAUAUUACUGCUUUAGAGAUUUUCAAUGUUAUCAAAUUAUAAAAGUUAGUUCACUCUAUUUUAUGAACCAUUCAAUCUUCGGGACAUCUACUGAGAAAAUCUGCUCCCACAUUAUCAGAUCCCUUGAUAACCUCAACAUGGAAAUUAUAGGACUGUAAUGCCAACGCCCACCGUAAAACUCUGGGAUUUUUCAAUCUCGCUUGCGACAAGUAUGCCAAAGGAAAGUGGUCCGUCUGCAACGUGAACUUCCUCCCAUGUAAGAAAUAGGCAAACUUCUUAACAGCCCACGCUAAGGCAAGACACUCGCGCUCUACUAUCGGAUACAAGCGUUCGCGAUCAAGUAACUUACGACUGGCAAAACAAAUGGGAAACAAUUUCUCUUCAUGAGUUUGCAUCAACACGGCGCCGAUGCCAACAUCAGAUGCAUCCGUGCGCACAACGAACUCGCUAUCGAUGUCCGGUAAUCUAAGUACAGGAAAAUGACUCAGCCUGCUCUUAAGUGUUUGGAAAGCGUGUUCAUGCGCUUCCUCCCACUUUACUUUCGUAGCACUAUUUUUCUUCGUGAGAUCGGAUAGAGGGGCAGCAAUGGUGGCCAUAUUUGGGAUAAAUUUCCGGUAGUACCCCACUAGACCAAGAAAUGACCUUACCUCCUUCUUUGUUGUCGGUCGGGAUGACGACAACACUUGCUUGAUCUUCUCUGGCGUAGGUUUCACUUCACCUUGUCCCACGAUGUGUCCAAGAAAUUCUACUGAGCUACAUGCAGCAUGACACUUGCUCGGUCGAGCAGUGAGAUGACUUUCCCUUAAUCGUGAUAGGACUCUCCUUACAUCUUCCAGAUGCUCUUCCCAUGAUGAACUAUAGAUGAGGAGGUCAUCUAUAUAAUGAAGGACGUGAGGGAGUUCAUCUAACACCUUCCUCAUCAUUCUGGUAAACACAGCAGGGGCGUUAACCAUGCCAAAGGGAAGUACCAAAAACUCGUACUGGCCAUCAGGAGUUACAAACGCCGUUUUCCCACGGUCCUCCUCGACCACUGGUAUCUGCCAAUAUCCUUUUGACAAGUCAAUUUUAGUGAAGUACUUGGCAUCUCCGAUAUCUGCGAUUACCUGAUCUAUGUUGGGAAUUGGUUCGUUGUCGAUGACUGUUUUAGCGUUGAUCUUCCUAUAGUCAACGCAGAAUCUAUUCUUCCCGUCCUUUUUCUUGACGAUUACCACAGGUGAUGCAUAGGGCGAUGUAGACUUUUCGAUUACUCCCAUCCUAAGCAUCGUCUCUACUUCCUCUCUAAUCGUCUGUCGUAGUGCUUGAGGUACUGGGUAGGGGCGUGAUCUGAUGUGUUCGGCCGAAGUCAACUCCACCGAAUGACUAAUGAUGUCCGUCUUCCCAGGGACAUCGGUCAUGACGUCUGUGAAUUCCCGGAAGAGCGCCUGCAUCUGAGUUCGCAUGUCGACGGGUACGUCGUCGCCAAACUCCACGUCAUCGAUGCUUUCCGUCUGCUCAACUACUGGGAAUAUAAUGCUCGCAGAACCAUCACUCUCGUCACCCUCAUCCACAAUAUGGAUAGCAGCAACUUGAUCAGCUGGGGCUGAAACUUCUUGACUACCAUCUUCAUGUUCCCUCUCAACAUACCUCUUCAGUAGAUUGGCGUGAUAAGUCUUCUCUUUUCCAUUCACCAUCAACUUGUAGUUGUUCCUAGCAACCCUCUUCACGACCUCAUAAGGACCUCUCCAAUGCAUGAGUAGCUUAUUGCUGCUAGUUGGUAGAAGUAGAAGAACUUGAUCACCACACUCAAAUCUCCUCUCCUUCGCCUUAACGUCGAAGUGUGUCUUGUACUUCGUUGAAGCCUUCGUAAGCUCCUUCCUAGCGAGCUCACAAGUCGACUCUAGUCGUUCCUGCAAAUCAAUGACAUACUGAUAAACUGAUUUGACUUCUUCUUCUGGGACUUCUGUAGACCAUAAUUCCUUGAGAAUAGUCAUGGGUCCCCUGACAGUUCUCCCAUACAUUAAUUCAAAUGGAGAAUAUCCAAGACUCUCAUGUGGAACCUCACGAUACGCAAACAGAAGCGCGGGUAAGUAUCUAUCCCAAUCUUUAGGACAUUCCUGACACAUCCUACGCAACAUUUGCUUUAGGGUCCCAUUGAACCGUUCACAUGCUCCAUUAGCCAUUGGAUGGUAAGGAGUAGUGUGAAACUGGCUAACUCCUAACAAUUGGGCAGCUUCUUUCAUAACUCCCGAAACAAACUGAGUACCAUUAUCAGACAAUAUUUGAUUAGGUACACCUAAGCGUGAAAAUAUUUCAACUAGGGCCUCUGCCACACGCUCGGCUUCAAUUCGAGGUAGGGCUACUGCCUCAGGGUAGCGAGUAGCUAGAUCAACUACAGUCAAGAUAUACCUAUUCCCUCUAUCAGUAAUGGGAUCUAGGGGUCCUAUCAAAUCUACUGCAAUUCGUUUGAAACAAGUAUCUAUCAAAGGGGGAAUUACGAGUGGCACCUUACCAAUCCGUCCUUUAGGCAUUGUACGUUGACAUGCGUCGCAAGAAGCACAAUAACGCUUGACAUCGGAUUGUAGUCCAGGCCAGAAGAAUUGCGUCAGGAUCCUGUCAUUCGUCUUCCUUGUCUUCAGAUGUCCAGCUAAUGCAGAGUCAUGAGCUAGUCGAAGAACUUGAGAUCUGAACGGCUUGGGUACCAACAGUUGAGUAAACGUCUUCCCCUGGGUGUUACCUAGUGACCUGUAUUCACGGAAUAGAAGACCAUUCUUGAAGUAAAAUCUCACUUCGCUAUUCUUCCCUACAAGCUUUGACUCACCCUUUUCUGCUAAAUCUCUUAGUUUCUUCAGCGUUGCAUCUGCCUUCUGUGCUGCAAUAACAUCCUCACGGGUUGCGAUACACUCCUGCUGCUUUGACGAUCCAAGACUCAUGAACGGCCGAUCCUUUCGUCUCUUCGUCCCUCGAGUCUCCACUCCUGCCCCUUGUUCCACCUCUUCAUUGAUAGUUGACUCACUCAUCAACUCACUUGGUUGCUCUUGAAUGAUGACAUCAUCCUGGCUGUGCGGCUGGGACACAUCAUUCGGUAUCUUUUCGUCUGGUACUUGAGUAACGCCUGACAGAUCAUCUUCUGUGGCCUCCGACGAUGAGGGCGUACUCUGCUCUCUUACAGUUGUCUCCUUUAUGUCAUCAGGAUCACCGUCACAGGAGGAUCUAUCCUCCUUGAUGGAUGACUCGCCGUCACUCGCCUUAGUGUAGGUCCAGUUCUGAUCCUCAUCUCCAGGUUUCCUGGCACCUGUAAUAUUUCCGAUGACUAAACGGGUUAUCAACACAUAAUGCUGUCACAUUACCUUGGAAAUAUGGGGUACUAACAUACAGCCUUGCCUCUGGCAUCCGUCUAAUUGUUCGGUCAAUUAGCAUACAUAGCUUUGUUUUUCCUGUAAACUGAGCUUUCUUCACUAAAUCCGUACGAACAAUCACGCAACUACAACCUGAAUCGCGCAAGACUGUUAUUUUCUUGCCAUUUAUACUGCCAUCACAAGUGGGCAUAUCUGAUUCUACUGUACAAGCCGUAUAAAGCAACGGAAUUUCAUGACCACACUGCAGCUUUACCGUAGCUGAAUCGGGACUAACACCUUGCGUUUGCGGUGUUGACAUAUCAGGGCAUACGCCGACUACGCAUGCGUUCACAGAUUGCUUACGCGAAUCCGAGCUUAACUUGCCUGGCCCGUCUCUCGAAUUACUGCCCUUUUUGUUUGGACACCUGGCCAUAAAAUGACCAGAUUUACCGCAAGUAUAGCAAGCUUUUGGAUUAGGACUUAUGUCGCUUCGGUCCUUACUUUUACCAUCUCUCAAUUUGCGAGCAUUUUCUUCACGGCGUGCGCGUCUACCGGAGUCAGUUGUAGCUGACACAUGCGCACUCCUAUAUUGCUCAGCUAGCAAAAUUAGCUCUGGAACGUUUUCGGGAUUUCUCUCCCGCAUAAAUACAGACAAUGAACGCUCAGAGGUCUCGUAAAUGUGUUCACGAACUAUUACAUCCAACAACGCAUCAAAUGUCUUUUCUUUGCCGCUCAAAUCAAUGCAGCGCGUGACGUAACGAAUCAAACGGUUAGCAUAUUGGUAAUAAGAUUCUUCUCCGCCUUUCUUCGCUUCGCGAAAGCGUUUCCAAUUUCCUUCACUCGUAAGAGCAAAGUAUUGCAAUAGCAUGUUCUUAAGGAGAUCGUAAUCGGUUGCCUCCUCUGCGCUUAUUGAACAAUAUACAUCUAGGGCGGGACCUGUCAACAAGUUGCCUAGAGCAGACGCCCAACAAUCCUUUGGCCAUUUACUCAAAGUCGCGUGCCGUUCAAAACGGUCUAUGUACGCAUCUAGUUCAUCCGUUUUGUCUCGGAACGCUGGCAUACAGGGGAUUUUACUAAGACCCUCAGACGAUGUCCCAAUAACUUUCCUACUUUCACUUAUCUUCAAAUCUAACUCCUUUUGUUUCGUUACCUCUUCUAACCUUCUUUGAUCAUCUUCCCUCCUAAGUCUUCGUUCAUCUCUUUCUAUCUGUUCGUUUCUACGCUUUUCUUCGAGAACCUUGUCACGUUCUUUACAAGCAAAUUCUAAUAAUUCUUUACCCGCUAG